CGCGGACCCCCACUUGUGUAAGUCCCAGAGGCCUCCGCGUCACGAGACCGCGAUAUAUCGUUGAAACGACCGUGACAUGUCACCUCCACGAAAGCGUCCAGAGUGUCGCACCUGUAACAUGCCCAUGGCUGGUCACAAACGUCCCCACGGCUGGCCGAUCUGCCCCCCGAGACAAUCACCAGGGCCGGGAACCGGGAAAUCGCGAGAACCAACACCAGACUUCAUUCCGCGCAUUGGUGACAUCUACCAUCUGAAGAACCCCAACUACGUCGACCACUUCCCUUCCCCCUCCGUCCCCGAGUUCAGAAGAGAACGUGCCGGGUCGCCCUGCACCUGGGUGUCGACCGAGCCCGCCGACGACAUACCUGGGCCAUCCACGUCUCCCAACGAUCACUUGCGUCGUCAGCGACCUGCCCAAGAAGCUGAACUGAUCGGAUACACAACUCCGCAAGCCAGCAUGCCGUCCGAGACAUCUUCGACUACCGCACGCAUUCGUCGUACGCUAUCAUCAUUCAUCACGAAUACCGUCCCUGCCGUGACACUGUUUUCUACCCCACAUGAGAAUGUACAAACGCUCACUAGGACUGCACGCCUGAAUGGGCUAUAUACCGGUAUCAUGCGUCGCCCUAGAUCGCAGGAGAGGCGAAGUCUUGAGAGUGUCGGUCGGAGAUACUCGUGGUGGGUGCUGAUGGGGAGGGAUCCAGUUGCGGUGGAGCACUUGAUAACUCUGCAGGAGCAGCAGACAAUGUCGCAUCUCGAAGGACGCUACAAUCACAGUCCCCCCAGCACCGUAGCCGUACAUCCGCCGUCCCAGGCUAGCCUGACCAUAGUCCACCUAGUUCUGUGUUGUGUUGGCAGCGCUAUCAUUAGUGUGCUCUUUUACUCAAUAUUGUAGCAUAGGGUCCUUGUCUCUUGUUUUCUUGCUGUCUGCUCUGCUUUACGUGGUGCUAGUUAACUGCUGUCGGCCGUUUAAUACGGGAACUUUCUGCUAGCUGUCCAUCUCGCUUGUUGCUCGUCUCCACUGAUCGAUGAAAUUGUACCCAUAAUAUCUAUGAACCCUCCCCGCGUCACCUUCUACAUCUGGGUCUGCUCAUUUCCUUCUCGUUUCUCUCUCGAUAUACAACCCCCAUGUUAUGUAUGCAACAUAUGCGAUUAGGAAACCAAUGAAAUCUCC